AUGAAGUGGAUUGUUGUUUCCCUCGCUGCAGUCGCGUCUGCGGUGCAGACAUUGCCCCCAGUGCAUUUUGACCAAACAGGCCCAGAUCACAACAGAGGAUUUUCGUUAGAGACGACCGACCGGACAAUCUAUCUGGAUGCAGAUUUCGCAAGCUGGAAGGACCAGAAUGGUCUGACACUGCUUCCACCCUCGGCAUCCGACUUCGCCAACACGUUUCGCAAUGACUUGCAGGAGCUGACGAAUAGCUCCUGGGAACUCCGCACCGUCGACCGAUUCCCCAAACACGCGUCGGGCAUAUUUCUCGGUCGCUCGGAGCACUCAGCCCAAUUCACCUACGAGAACGGACUUGAAACAGAAGAAGGAUAUGAGCUGGACGUCAAGGAUGAUCGCGUGUUUAUCCGAGGUUCUGGGGCUCGAGGCAUGUGGUGGGGGACGCGAACGCUUCUCCAGCAGCUCGUUUUAACGCGCUCGUCCAUAAAGGCCGGUCGCGUGGAAGAUGCCCCAGCUUAUCCGACUCGAGGGUUUUUGCUGGACGCUGGUCGCAAAUGGUAUUCGCUGGAAUUCUUGAAGGACUUGUGCACUUAUGCCUCCUUUUUCAAGAUGUCCGAGUUCCAUUACCAUGCGACCGACAACUACCCACUGAGUCGCGGACCAAACGUCACCUGGGACAAGGUCUACUCGCAGUUCGCGUUGCACCCCGAAGACCCGGCUCUGCGGCCUCUUGUCCAGCGUGCCAACGAAACGCUGUCUCGCGCUGAGUUCGAUGAUUUCCAGCAUCACUGUGCUCAGCGAGGUGUGACGGUGAUUCCGGAGAUCGAGAGUCCUGGUCACUGCUUGACAGUUACCAAGUGGAGACCCGAGCUCGCGCUGGAUUCGAAAGAUUUGCUCAACCUGACCCAUCCGGAUACCGUUCCUUUGAUGAAAUCCAUCUGGGCCGAGUUCCUCCCUUGGUUCCACACGAAGGAGGUGCAUAUUGGCGCCGAUGAGUAUGACGCCACGCUUGCGGAUGACUAUGUCGAGUUUGUGAACGAGAUGGCCCACUUUGUGAAAGAAACGUCGGGGAAAAGUGUGCGCAUAUGGGGAACAUAUGAACCCUCAAAUAUAACCAUCGAUAAGGAUGUGGUCAUUCAACACUGGCAGUAUGGGCAAUCAGACCCUGUUGUUCUCGCCCGCAACGGCUACCAGGUCAUCAACUCUGAGGAUUGGUGGGCCUAUAUGUCGCUGAAAAGUAACCACGUCCCCAUCACCCCAGCCCCAUACCCCCAAUUCUUCAACAAUACCCGCGUUCUCAACUUCGCCGACCGUGCCGGGUGGCAGUGGACCCCAGAGCUUCAUAAUCCGGUGAACACGACCGAACAGCCGGAUGCCAAGGCUGUCCCUGGUGCUCUCUUGGCUGCCUGGAAUGACAGUGGUCCAGAUGCCACUACCCAACUCGAAGCAUACUAUGCGAUUCGCGAUGGAAUCCCCGUUGUCGCUUCCCGGGCGUGGUCUGGCAACCGUGGACCGCGUUUGGACGAACGAAGCCUGGACAAAUCCAUCGCGCAGUUGGCAUCGCAAGGCGUAGGGCAGAACCUCGACCGACGACUACCGGGAGAAGGACGCCACAGGUCAGGGGCUUUACUGUCAUGGAAGGCGUCCGAUGUUCGCUCGACCCAGGACCGACAACACCUGGGCUACGGCAGCAAGGGCAUGGACUAUACACUGCAACUAGACGUCACAGGUCCCUUCUCGCUGCAGUCAUCUGAUUCCCUGCUUGAAUUGUCUUCAGAUGGUGAACUGACUUUUGUUUCUGAUGGAUGGCCAUAUCCUCUUCGUUCUGUUGCCCAGUCUGAUGGCUUCGAGGAAGACCAGCCCGGACGUAUUUGGACGAACCAGACUAGCUCCAGCCACGAAGUUGUGAAGAUUCCCCGCAAAGCUCAGAUUACUAUUUCUACAAAUCAGGCAGCAGGAAGCCGUGUGUGGGUGGAUGGUGCUUUUGUCGGUCGCUUCGAGGUCUUCAUCUAUGGUGGAAGAAAUCAGGUCUUCUCGUGGGCUCAGAUGGCGUUUGUUGCUCCUUUGGAGACUUUGCAGGGCUCGGGCUUGCAGCGUUUGGCCGUUUUCAAGGGCAGCAGAGAUGACUGA